AUGAAGACCUACGACCUGAUGAAGGACGCCCCAGGCUGCACUGGGAUGUUUUGGCGCGCCGAUCCUCGCAGCGGGAAGAAGGGCAGCAUGGAUAACUGGCCCAGAGAUGGAGCGCAGUUGCAGGGCAUUGUGCAUGAAGUCAAUGGCGAAAAGUGGCUGGAGUGUAAACAGGUGAAGCAGAAGGGUGGCUCUUGGAUUUCCUGCGAAGCAGAUCAGUGGAUGCCUUUCAGAUACUCGCAGUACUACUUGCAAGAGGCCUGA